AUGCAGGGUGCACUGAGAAGCCAGCUCUUUGCUUUGAAUAUCUAUUACAAAGUGCCGCUUAGCAAUGUAUUGAACGUUGUGCAGUUCUUGUUCAAUCGUUAUGCAAGGUUGAGCAAGGUGUUUUCGCUCGUUGUUGAUGUGUGGGAGGUUGGCAUGUCCCGUCCAUGGUUCAGUCGGCUUGAGGGGAGGUUUGCUGCGGAUCAGUAUUGUGAACCACCUGGUGCAGUGCUUUCUGGGACGUUAGAGUACGCUUUCGUAGGAGUAUAUAGAGAAGGCACACUUAUCAAGAUGCGUGACGGUGGCUGA